AUGGGUUGCUUUCGGCCUUCGCGCGGCGCGAUCGAGUCGUUCCACGAACUUUCGAUCGCGACCUUCUUGCCACGUGGCAUUCGAGCUCUCCUCCUCACGAUCGCCAUCGUCUUAAUCGUCACAGCCCCGACCGCGCUAAGCGAAAGCGGAAGCGAAAGCGGCAGCAGAGACAGCGGCGCGCGCAGCGACGUAGAUGUUUCUCAAAGCAGCAGAGACAGCAGCGCGCGCAGCGACGUAGAUGUUUCUCAAAGCAGCAGAGACAGCAGCGCGCGCAGCGACGUAGAUGUUUCUCAAAGCAGCAGAGACAGCAGCGCGCGUCUCGGGGAACGUGGAUCCGAGCACGUUAGAUUAGAAGAUGCUGGUGAUGAUGAUGCUGAUAAUGUGGAUGGUGGCAUUGAAGAUGGGUUAUUUGAGGAUGGAAUGGAGCAUGUACCCGAGGACGAGGGAGAGUUUGACGAGCACGAUAGCGAGUCUCCUUUUGACGAGGACGUUGAUUUGGAGGGCUGGGAUGACGUGGAAGACGGCGAGUCUGACGUUGAUGAUGACGUGGUUGGCGCUGACGUGGAUGAGGGCACAGAUUACACAGAAGGUUGGGGUGAUUCUGCCAGUGAGGAUGACAAUGAAGACGGGGAUGAGGAUGAGAAUGAGAAUGAGGGAGAUUACGCAAAUGAGGAUGAGGAUGAGGAUGGGGAUGAGGAUGAGGACGGCCAUGGGGAGGAGGAAGGCUUUGAAGAUGGCGAUGGGGAGUUCAGUACAGAGGACGAUGGUGAUCAUGAUAAUGAUUACGAUAUCGAAUCAGAACUUGGUUCGGGAUCUGAUUGGGAUUCGAUACCGGAUAUAGAUACGGAUUUCGAUCUGGCCGGCAUUUUUGCGUAUGAGAAGGAAGGUUCCGCGAUGGUGCCGCUGCCAGAGAGGGAGGCGCGAUUGGUGGAGGAUUUGCUGACGUGGAUGGAGAAGCACGGGGGCCAAUCGGUGGAAGGGGGUGUAAGAUCUAAGAUCCAGAACGCUGGCGACGAUGUGACUGUAGCCGCGUGGCUAUUAAGAGAGUGGAGGAAGGGUAAGGAGUCUUUUUACUCCCCAUGGAUUAAUCUCCUCCCGGGGUAUGUGCCGCUGCCGAUAUUCUGGGAUGAGGCGACACUGGGGGAGUUGGAUUGUGGGGAUGCUAUAGAGAGAAUAGAGGAGGCGAUUAGGUAUGUUGAGGAGGCGUUUUCUCUCAGUUCGAGUGAGAGUAUUGCGGGUGCUUCUAUGGAGGAGUUUAAGUGGGCGGUUGCGAUCGUGUGGUCGCGAUCCGUGCCGAUCUCGGCCGUUGGUUUGAGGGGCAGUGGGAAAAGGGGGAGGAGGAGGGGGAGGGGGGGAAGGAGGGAGGGAGGAGGGAAGGCAGGGGAGGAGGGGGAGGAUGAGGAGGAGUUUUGGCAGUAUAUGGAGGAGGAGGUGGAGAAGGAGGAUGAUGAGGGAGAGGGGGAAGGAGAGGAGGGAGGGGAGAGAGGGGAGGGGGAGGAGGUGCAUGUGUUGCUGCCGCUGCUAGAUCUCUUCAACCAUGAGUUCUACUACACUGCAGACUGGCAGCCCACCAUCCACUCCUCCACCGCUGACAUCAACAUCUUUGCUGCUGACGUCAUCUCGCCAGGCCAGCCAAUCAGCGUUGGCUAUGGCUCCAUGGACACCGCCCAGUUCCUGCUGCUGUACGGCUUCGUGCCGCCCAACAACCCGUUUGACCGAUUCGUCCUUUUCGAAAACGCCGAGGCGCUUCUUGACUACUACGAGACGAAAUAUCUUGCUGCCACAUCAGGAGGAUCAAUGGGAGGAAAAGACACAUCAUCAGAAGAGGAAGACGAAGGGAUGGAGGGAGGAGGAGCAGGAGGAGAAGGAGAAGAAGAAGGGGGAGGAGGGGCAGCAGCAGCAGCAGGUUCUGAUGCUGGUACUGUAGAUGGAACUGAUGUUAAUAAUGAAUCAGACUAUACUGAGAAAUACCCGUGGCUGACUGGUUCGUUCGACCGAGACUCGGCUGCGGCUUCAGUAACCGCCGCCAUAGGUGCGGUGGAGGCUCGGCAGGUGGACUACACAGCUGAGCACGACUUGGAUCGGCAGCUGCUAGGCAUGGCAGCAGGGGCGGUGGCAGGUUCGGAAGCACUUGCAGUAGGCCGGGAGGGGUAUGUGGAUGCACGGCUGCUAGCCGCUCUGGCUGCUAUUGGCAUGCCGUCACAUGACCCUGCAUUUGACUUCCAUGCCUUGGCUGAAACCAUUCUGCGCCUUGUGUGUCGAGACGGUGUCACCUGUACCACGCUCAAGCAGCAGCAGACUUUCCACCUGGCAGUCUUAGAAGCAGCGGGAGCAGAAGGAGCAGCAGGAGGGGAGGGAGCAGCAGGAGGAGAGGGAGCAGAAGGAGGGGAGGGGGCAGAAGGAGGGAAGGAAGCAACAGGAGCAGGGGAGGGUAGUGGUAAGGACAGACCACACAGUAAAGCAGUAGAGGCAGCUGCUCGCUCAGCAAUGCUUGCUGGCUCCAUUAUAGGAGCUGCUGAUGUGGUACGUAACAUUCUGCGCGCUACACUACGCGAAUUCAAGAGCACGUUUAUGGAGGAUUAUAACCUGCUAAAGAAGACGCUUGUAGAGGAUGCGUCGUGUGAAAUGGGAGACAGAGAAAGGGAAGGCAACGCAGAGAGAGGAGGUGAGGGGUAUAGCGGUGAAAGGGACAGGCAGGGCAGUGGUGGUGGUAGCAGUGGUAGCAGGAGGGAAGAUGGGAGAGGAAGUGAAGGGACGUGUGGGGUGCCUGUAUUACAGCUCCCAGAGGAGAAGGUUCAGGCUAUUAAGUUCCGGCUCUCAGCUAAGCAACUGCUGUUGCGAGCUCUUAGUUUUUUAGAAGAUGUGUGUCCAGAAGAAGGGGUGUAUGAUGCUGAUUAUGCUACUGAGUCAGAUACUACAGAGGAUGACAAGUGA